CACACACACACACACACUCUAACACACUCACACUCUCAUGGUGAGCAGAGGGGACGCUGUCUCUGUUAUGGAUUGACAGAAGCACUGGUUACCUCCUCGCAAUCUUGCGAAAUCACCCAUGAAUUCUCUCGCGUAAAGCGGCGCGAGUGUCCAGCCUCUUCCGUCUAAAAGGGUUUAAAGAAAAGAAAGCUCACCAUAAACAGCAUGAGCAGUUGCGGUUUCCUGAAUAUGGCGACGAUAGGAGAUUUCGACCCGCUCAACGCCACUAUUCCUGCCACAAAAGUUGAGAUUACAGUCUCGUGCAGAAACCUGCUUGACAGAGACACGUUUUCCAAAUCAGAUCCAAUCUGUGUGCUGUACACCCAAGGCAUUGGCAGCAAAGAGUGGCGAGAGUUUGGGCGGACAGAAGUUAUUGAUAACACUCUGAACCCAGAUUUUGUGCGAAAAUUCAUAUUGGACUACUUCUUUGAAGAAAGACAGAACUUAAAGUUUGAUCUAUAUGAUGUCGACUCCAAGAGCACCAACCUUUCAAAACAUGAUUUCCUUGGCCAGAUCUUUUGUACAUUGGGAGAGGUGGUGGGUUCCUUGGGCGGUCGUAUGGAGAAAUCUCUUGGGGGGAUUCCAGGGAAGAAAUGUGGGACAAUUAUUGUGAAGGCCGAGGAGCUUAGCAACUGCAGGGAGUCUGUGAUGAUGCAAUUUUGUGGCAACAAACUGGACAAAAAGGACUUCUUCGGCAAAUCGGACCCCUUCUUAGUGUUUUAUCGCAGCAACGAGGAUGGAACAUUUACCAUUUGCCAUAAAACAGAGGUGGUGAAGAACAAUCUGAACCCUGUGUGGCAAGCCUUUAAAAUGCCCGUCAGAGCCCUGUGCAAUGGCGAUUAUGACAGAACGAUCAAGGUGGAAGUGUAUGACUGGGAUCGGGAUGGCGGUCAUGACUUCAUUGGAGAAUUCAGCACAAGCUACAGAGAACUGUCAAGAGGCCAGUCACAAUUUAACGUGUAUGAGGUCAUAAACCCCAAGAAGAAAGGCAAGAAGAAAAAAUAUCUCAACUCUGGAACUGUGACACUGCUGUCGUUUCUCGCUGAUAUUGAAGUCACCUUCCUGGAUUACAUCAAAGGCGGGACUCAGAUUAAUUUCACAGUGGCGAUUGAUUUCACAGCUUCUAACGGCAACCCAGCCCAGCCCACUUCCCUCCAUUACAUGAAUCCCUAUCAGCUCAACGCCUACGCCAUGGCACUCAAAGCCGUGGGGGAGAUCAUACAGGACUAUGACAGCGACAAGAUGUUCCCCGCACUGGGCUUCGGAGCCAAACUGCCUCCUGAUGGGAGAAUAUCCCAUGAGUUUGCCCUGAAUGGAAACCCUCAGAAUCCAUAUUGCAAUGGCAUUGAUGGAGUCAUGGAGGCUUAUUACCAGAGUCUAAAGUCCGUCACGCUCUAUGGACCUACCAACUUCUCGCCUGUCAUUAACCAUGUAGCCAGAUACGCUGCCUCAAUAAAGGACGGAUCACAGUACUUCAUCCUCCUCAUCAUCACAGAUGGAGUGAUAUCAGAUAUGGCCCAGACAAAGGAGUCCAUUGUUAACGCUGCAUGUCUUCCCAUGUCAAUUAUUAUUGUUGGAGUUGGACCAGCCGAGUUUGAUGCCAUGAUCGAGCUGGAUGGUGAUGAAGUCAGAAUCUCAUCGAGGGGCAGAAACGCUGAGAGAGACAUCGUACAGUUUGUUCCAUUCAGAGACUACAUUGAUCGCACUGGGAAUCACAUCCUCAGCAUGGCCCGCCUGGCCAAAGACGUUCUUGCUGAGAUCCCAGACCAGUUCCUAUCCUAUAUGAAGACCAGAGGAAUCAAGCCGUCUCCCACUCCCCCUCCGUACACCCCCCCAGGACACCCACUGCAAACUCAGAUCUAAAAUGGCCCCAGGAGUGAGCCUUGCAGUAUCUCAGUAUUGCUUUCUCAAUCACUCAGUGAGAUGAAGUUUUCCUCAGCUCUCAGCUCUUUCUGUCCCUUUCUCUUUGCACUAUGGGGGCUGUAGAUGGACAACAUGGUUAGACAGGGUUCUGAGAACAGGUUUACUUCCAUUACAGACAUUCUCUGUCAGGAUGUCUCUCAGUUUCUCUCUCUGUCUCUCAAUGCCUGGCUAGCUUGUUUCUGAGGGCCGCAUUGUAGAAUGAACUUCGUGUUUCUGGCUAACCGUGAAAAGAAGGAUGAAGUUGUAUGAAGGUAAAGACAGACUAAAUAUUGAGCUGAUGAUGUUGCACCCUGUCUCAGAACAGCAGAGCAGCUUCCUCUUCCUCAGACCAGGAAAAGGCUAACAAAUCACCAGUCGCAAAUAGACUGUUGUAUAUAACUUCAGAAGUAGACUUCUUCCGUCAUUUCUUAUCUCUUUAUCUCUUUCUUCUCUGAGCUCUCACUCAAUGUUUACAUGUUAAUGAUUUUCUUACUGUUGAAUCUAACUUUUAUAAGCGUAUCUCUUAAACAUGAACUUUGCCGGCAAAUCCUCGCAGCGUAUUAUCUUUGCCAUGUACGUCAGGUGGCAGGGGCUGGUGUCGUUCCAGAAAACCACAUUUCUUGCAUGGAAAUGGUGUGCUCAGGCAUGCGAUGCAUGUUGUGCAGCGUUCAUGUUAUUUGGCCUUUUCUCAUUCUCUCUUUUCUCUCACUCACUUUCUCUUUUUUCCUUUUUUUCCUUUUUUUUCUGACUUAAGCAUGAUAGAUCAUCAUUGUGUAUAAAGAACCUCAUAGGACUCGGCGUGCUUCAUUACAAUUAGAUCUGAGCAGCUGCUCUCAAAUAAGAGCCCAAUGGUCAAAAACAUAUAUACCAUUAUUAUUUUGUCUUGUUUUUAUUGUUAUUAUUUUGUGUCUUAUUUUAAAGCAUUGCAUGGAUGUUUUGUCAUUUUCUGUUGAUUUGGUGAUACUGUAUUAUCUUUUUCCAAUAACAUGUAGAUUCAGCAUAUUUGAUAAUUACCUGGUAGAGUUGCCCAAAGAUAGUGUCAAAAACACAAAACUUAUUACGAAAUACUUCUUCUUGGAUUACAUUGUGAAAAUUUAAGUGUUGAAACAUGAUAAGAUGCAGAAUUAUACACCUAAUUUAAGUGGUUUUUUUUUCUUUCUUUUUUUCUAGAAGUGUUUUUGAUCCUUUUAUUUAAGAAAUGUGCUGAUAGUAUCAGAAAAAUGAUUCUUUAAAGUCUUCAAAACUCAUCUUUUCUCUCCUCACCCAAAUAGUCAAAGAAACUGGAACAAUAGUUCAAACAGGACUAUUGUUGUUUGUUUCUAGUAAAUGAAUGAAAUGAAUCAUAUUGACUCUUGGUUUAUUAUGAUUCACUUCAUUUAGUAGUUGUUUUGUUUGUUUGUUUGUUUGUUUGAUUGAUUUUGUUUUUUGCAAAGUACUCUCAAUGUUUUUGUUCUAAAACAUUCACACAUAGCAAAUGUGAAUCUUCUAGUAUGUAGCAACUCAUUUUUUUCCCUCACACACUAGUGUAGUGGAAUUUAGAAUCGUCAUUCGCAACCUCAUUCUAGUUGUGCUGCUUUAUCACUCAUACAAUAUUCACAAGUACAAUAGUCACAAGAUGUUUACACAUAAAGUAGCCCCAAAAAGCAUUCAGAUGCUUGUGCCAAAUCUACUGAACCAAUGUAUGAAUUUCAUUACAAAAUUUUUAAAGUAUCUUUUUUUAUUAUUAAAACAAACAGUAUUGGAUACUUUCUGGUUGUCAGUUAUUGAUAGGACAUAGGUAUGAACAUGUACUUGUGAUUUACUACAGUACACCAGUGUUUUACACAAAAAUCACCUUAAAAGUAAUUGCCAAAUUGGCAGAAAAAAAAGUAAAGCAAGUUUGAGAAUAUUUUAAUAAUAUAAUAUAUAUAUAUUUUUUUUUUUUUGACUGCUUGUCUUUCACUAUCAACUCAGCUCAUUCCUUUUAAAUGGAAAUCUUAAGUAGGCACAAUUUAUAUUUGUCUACAAACCUACUUUCCAGCAUUUAAGCAUACCACUUAAGUCAUUUAUUUUAUUAUUAUUUUUUUUAUCAAGAACAUGAUAAACAUAAAUUCAGUCAUAAGUCAUACUACUUUCUUUGUUCUCAUCUUUACUUUGGUAAACAUGAACUGCACAGAGUAAUAGCUGAAGAAUGAUGCAUGUGUGAAAAAGCAGCACUUGACCUUGGUCGGUUGAUGAUAAUUUUUCUCUUUUAGGAGUGUUGGCUCUCAACAUUCCUUUACUUUCCUUAAGCUCUGUUUCUUUCUGCAUUGCUGGUGCCACGGCAACUGCCACUUUGGCAAACUCUUUCACCUGUGAGUAUGCACCUGUGUGUGUGCGUGUGCAAGUGAGUGAGUGUUUGUGAGCGAGUGGAUGUCAGCUCGGCAAGCAUCAUCAAAAUGUUUCUAAAUCUGUGACUCGACUCACAUGAAAUUUGUUUACUGAAGAUAUCCAAAUAUUAUAUUGUAUGCUAUUCAUAUCUAAAUAUUACGUGCACUAUGUUUGCAUGUACAGUUUUACAAGAGAUUCAUCAGUUUUUUUGUUAUUGUUAUGUGUUUUGAGUAAAGAAAAAAAAUCAGACAGGAAAAUAACUGUACAAAUGGCCUUAAUCUCUCACUGAAUUCUUGGAAUUGUGCGAUGCCUUCAGAUAUGAAUUGUUAUAUAUUUUGUGUCAGUGUAUAAUUGCUUUCUAGUGUAUAUUCUAGUGUACUUUGCACAAUUAUAUUGUAUUUUUUGGAAUCAGUUAUUAAUCAAAGAAAGCAUGAUUGAAGUUUUGAUUGUCUAGUAAAUCCAUAUGAUGAAAUUGUUAUUUCUGUAUCAAGUACUAAUUUUGGAAUAAACAUUCUUAAUAUAUACA